CACACGCACACACGCGCGCGCGCGUUCACUCAUUCAGACUGAUGGAGACGCGCGCGUGCCUUUAUGGAUAGCGCUUCAGUAUGUUGUCAGAAUUACGAAAACAUGGUCCUGGAAAGGUUGUUACCUGGAGGAAACGAGUCUAAAAUCACCUGAUUUAAACCAACACCAAAUAACUGCUGAGGAGGCGGAACAAUGCCAGACUCCGCCCUGUCUCCACCAAUUCCACCAGUCACUGCUCUGAACUGUUCCUUUGGCCUAUCCAAUUGCUCUUUCGCUAACCUCUCCGCAAUUUCAUAUGGCGAUGAUGAGUGCUAUGGCAGCCACUCUUUGUUUGUUAUCAUGGCUAUUGCCUACAGUGCUGUGGUACUGUUGGGUGUUGUGGGCAACCUGGCUCUCAUCCUCGUCAUUGCAAGGCAACGGGAACUUCACAACGUCACAAACGUCUUAAUCGCAAACCUCUCCGUUUCGGACCUGCUGAUGUCCCUAGUGUGUCUGCCGUUUACCUUCAUCUACACCUUCAUGGACCACUGGGUGUUUGGAGCGGUCAUGUGUAAACUCAACAGCCUGGUCCAGUGCUGCUCCGUCUCGGUGUCCAUCUUCUCCUUGGUUCUGAUUGCCAUUGAGAGGCACCAACUCAUCCUGCACCCUCGGGGAUGGAGGCCCAGCUUGAACCAUGCCUGUCUGGGCAUCAGCCUCACCUGGGCCCUGGCCGUCCUCACUGCCACACCAUUUCUGUUGUUUUCCAGGGUGACAGACGCCCCGCUGAAGCAGCUGCCCUCAGUGUUUCAGGAGCAGUACAGGGGAAAGGUGGUGUGUGUGGAAGAGUGGCCCUCCAGAGAAAUCAAGCUCACCUACACCACUGGCAUGCUGGUGCUGCAGUACAUCACUCCUCUCACCUUCAUCUUCAUCUGUUACCUGAAGAUCUACACUCGUCUGCAGCGGCGUAAUAACAUGAUGGACAGAAUACGUGAAAACAAAUACCGUAGCAGUGAGACAAAACGGAUUAACAUCAUGCUCUUUUCCAUCGUGGUGGCAUUUGCGGUUUGCUGGCUCCCGUUGAACGUGUUCAAUGCCGUCAUCGACUGGAACCAUGAAGUGGCUAUGCACUGUACCCACAAUCUCCUGUUCUCGCUGUGUCACCUAACGGCCAUGUGCUCAGUCUGCAUAAACCCGGUGUUCUACGGGUUCCUGAACCGCAACUUCCAGCGUGACCUUCGGGCUUUCCGACUCUGCAAGAUUGUGUCAGCACGGGAGAAUGAAUAUGACAUGGUUGCCAUGUCGACUAUUCAAACGGAUGUGUCUAAGAUGUCACUGAGAAUUAGUAGCCUUGAUCUCUAGUACAGUUUUGUAAGUGACACUCGUGUCUGUGUUCUGUAAAAUGCACUGUCUUGAUAAAACGUCUCUUCAGAUUUAGUUUAAAAAAGUGCAUUUAAAAAAAAAAACAUUAGAGUGAUUGUUACUAGUAAACAUAACGUUUGAUAUCAUGACUUAUGCUAUAAGAAAGCAACUACUUUCCAAGCUCUGUUUUACAGUAUAAUUGUAAAAUUGUAUAUACAAAAUCGAGCAAGGAUGCUGAAUACAUUAUUUGGAAACAUCCAAUGUCCCGCAUUAGUGAGUGGCUCAUUGGGACCAAGUACUGUAAGAGUCUGAAGACAUAAAAGAAAUCGUACGAUUCCGACUGAGCUUUGAUCACUCAGAUGAAUUCUUCCUGCUGUGUGUUUGAAUCGGAGGGAAGAAAGAAUAAAUGGAAAUGAAUGCAAAGCCCAAGAGGUCACAAAUUCAGAAAUGGAUUUAAAUGUAUAAUGAAUGUCAGAUGUGACUUUUAAGAGAGACACUGAACUACUGUUUCUUAUCUGGAUUCAUUUCUCUGAGUUCUGAGUGCUGAAAACAAAACUAAAUUGAUUUUCCUCUUAUUUAUCCCUUGACAAAGCAAGCCUGCAGGAAGUAAAGGGCUGUUUUUUUCACACUGACAGCAAUUUGCAGCAAUAAAGUGACCCUACUUUGUUCUUUUUCAAUGGGAAUUGGCCAUUUCUGACGACACAAG